GGAGCAGAAGCCAAGAAGGGAGAGAAGAGGGCAGUUGGACGGAGGAACAGCCUGGAGGCUGAACAGGCCCAGGACGGACUCAGGGCUGUCAUGAAGCUGUUUCCCAGCUGGAGAGCGGUGCUGCCUGUGAGCCCUCGGGCCAGGGUCUGGCCAUGGGCACAGCAACCCAGAAGAACUGCUCAUACCUGUGUCCCAAAGAUGAGGGCCCAGGAGGAACCCGAGGGCCAGACACAGCAUGAGGACCUGGGCCUAGCAGGGACCUCCACGAGGGACCCUCCCGUGUCCCUGCCCACAGAACCCAAGUUUGACAUGCUGUACAAGAUCGAGGAUGUGCCGCCCUGGUACCUGUGCAUCCUGCUGGGCUUCCAGCAUUACCUGACAUGCUUCAGCGGCACCAUCGCCGUGCCCUUCCUCCUGGCUGAGGCGCUGUGUGUGGGCCGUGACCAGCAUGUGGUCAGCCAGCUCAUUGGCACCAUCUUCACCUGCGUGGGCAUCACCACCCUCAUCCAGACCACACUGGGCAUCCGGCUGCCGCUGUUCCAGGCUAGUGCCUUUGCAUUUCUGAUCCCAGCCAAAGCCAUCCUGGCCUUGGAGAGAUGGAAAUGUCCCCCAGAAGAGGAGAUCUAUGGUAACUGGAGUCUGCCUCUGAACACCUCUCAUAUCUGGCACCCACGAAUACGAGAGGUUCAGGGUGCAAUCAUGGUGUCCAGCAUGGUGGAAGUGGUGAUCGGGCUGAUGGGGCUGCCUGGAGCCCUGCUCAGCUACAUUGGGCCUCUCACGGUCACCCCCACCAUUGCCCUUAUUGGCCUCUCUGUCUUCCAAGCUGCUGGUGACCGAGCUGGUUCGCACUGGGGCAUCUCAGCUUGCUCCAUUCUCCUGAUCAUCCUCUUCUCCCAGUACCUGCGCAACCUCACCUUCCUGCUGCCUAUCUACCGCUGGGGCAAGGGCCUCAGUCUCCUCCGCGUUCAGAUCUUCAAGAUGUUUCCUAUUGUGCUGGCCAUUAUGACCAUGUGGUUGCUCUGCUACGUCCUGACCCUGACAGAUGUGCUGCCCACAGACCCUACAGCCUAUGGCUUCCAGGCACGGACGGACGCCCGAGGGAACAUCAUGUCUAUUGCACCCUGGAUCCGAAUCCCCUACCCCUGUCAGUGGGGCUUGCCUACGGUGACUGCAGCUGCUGUCCUGGGAAUGUUCAGUGCCACACUGGCGGGUAUCAUUGAAUCCAUUGGCGAUUACUAUGCUUGUGCCCGCCUGGCUGGUGCACCACCCCCUCCGGUACAUGCUAUCAAUAGGGGCAUCUUCACGGAAGGCAUCUGCUGCAUUAUCGCAGGGCUGUUGGGCACAGGCAACGGGUCCACCUCGUCCAGCCCCAACAUUGGCGUGCUGGGGAUUACCAAGGUGGGCAGCCGGCGCGUGGUGCAGUACGGUGCGGGCAUCAUGCUGCUCCUGGGCACCAUUGGCAAAUUCACAGCCCUCUUUGCUUCGCUCCCUGACCCCAUCCUGGGUGGCAUGUUCUGCACCCUCUUCGGUAUGAUUACCGCUGUGGGGCUGUCCAACCUGCAGUUCGUGGACAUGAACUCCUCCCGCAACCUCUUCGUACUUGGAUUUUCCAUGUUCUUCGGGCUUACACUGCCAAAUUACCUGGAGUCUAACCCUGGCGCCAUCAAAACAGGCAGUGCUGAAGCGGACCAGAUUCUGACUGUGCUGCUGACCACGGAGAUGUUCGUGGGUGGGUGCCUUGCUUUCAUAUUGGACAACACCGUGCCAGGGAGCCCAGAAGAACGAGGGCUGGUCCAGUGGAAAGCUGGGGCCCAUGCCAACAGUGAGAUGUCUAUCAGUCUCAAGAGCUAUGACUUCCCCAUUGGAAUGAACAUGGUAAAAAGGUUUGCCUUUCUGAAAUACAUCCCUAUCUGCCCAGUCUUCAAAGGAUUUUCUUCAAGAUCAGAAGAUCAGCUUCCAGUUCCAGAAAAUAGAGAGACUGAGCCUGUCUGCACCAAAGUCUGAAAAACUCCUCUCAGGAAGCAUGGUAUAUAAUAGGAAAACCACAUGGGGAGUCAGAAGACCUAAACUGGAACCCCAGCUAUGCCCCUAACUAACUUCCCAUGUGAGCUUGGCAAAGUCGCUCUCUCUCCGGGACUCCAUUUUUCAAUCAGUUAGGGGAAGAAUGGGCCAAAGUCUCUGAGAGCCUUAGAGAUUUGUACAUUAUUCUGUAUCUCUGAAUCUUUACUUUCCUAAGCAAAUGUGUCAGCAUAUAGGGAACACCUAGAACAUUUCCUCUACCACAUCUUGGAAUGCAAGUUGAAAAAGAUGAAAAGAAAUCAGAAUGGAUUCCAGGGCCGGACAUGUAGGCACGCUGGAAAACUUUUAUACUGAUUCUAAGCCCCCUAUGUCACUUACUUUAAGACCAAACCACAUUAAACAACAUGUUGGAGCAAUAAUUUAAUUUUAGUUUCAUAAUUUAUAUACAACCAUUUCCUUGCAUGGGACAUAGUCUUCCUUCUCUCAAGGGAAAUAUAUAUAUAAACGUGUGAGGUUUAAAUAAAAAGCAGUAUUCUUGAAUGUGCAAUCUUUUGGUAUAAGCAACCUUAAAUAAUCAAAUUGAACAAACCAGUUUCUAGACAAUGGAUUUCUACUGGUUCCAGAUUAGAGUUAUACAUUAUCCCCAGCAAAGGGCUUAACUCAUCAGAGCAACCAGGGUUAUUUCGGGAGUAACUAAUGUAGCAUAAGCAAGCAUAUCCCAACAGACUAUUCAGAUCUCAUACCUCCUCAAAAGGGUCAUUUACUGUAACAAAGACUAUACCAAAAUUCAAAUUUCAGUGUUCUCUAUACAGCCCUUUAGAAGAAUGGUUUCCAAGUAGCUGAUAGGGGAGGUUGGUAGUAUCUUCUGGGAGUGCUUUUUUU